UCGAGCUUAUAAUAAAAAAGGAAACAUUUCAAGUGCAUAUAAUUUGGUGAUCGCAGUGCACGGUUUUUCACUGUAUGAGUGUGUGCCCCUGUCUCUGUGUGCGUGUGUAAAUUUUUGGCAUUUUUGCAACUUUACUUGCUAAACUAUUUGAAAAUUUUCAUGCUGCGCUUGACGGCGCAUAAAAAACGCGCACAGGAGUAGGUGAGGCGGUUAGCAGGCAGUCGCUGUCGGGCAAGCAGCUAGUGCUAAAGAGAAGGCAGCAACAGGACGACAGUGGCAAAGGCUUUGUUGGUUCAAUAACCAAAAGAAAAACAAAAAGAAAAACUAAAACGACACGAAACGAAACCAAACAAUCCCUGACUAGACGCUAGGCAACCGCCUGUCGAUGCAGGGCUCUAUGAAGGUUUGUAGUCGUGGCGUUGACGGCGCUGGGGCUGGCGGUGGUGGUGGUGGGGGUGGGGAUGAAGGCACAAUUCUUUACUAUGGUGGCGCCAUCGGCGAUUGGACGCAGCGCAUUGCCAGUCUGCAGCCGACAAUCGACCAGAGCGUUGCCACCAUGUACGGCCGUUUGCCGGGCUCAAAUAAUGCGAACAGCAAUGCGUCUGGCGUCGCUGGUGGUGGCCAGUGCCAUGAACGUAUGAAAAUUGGCUUCUGCACGGAUCUGGACAAAUCGGUGUUGGUUAACAAUUUCGAGAAGCGCGGCUGGAAUCAGGUGAGCGGCGACGACGACUGGCAUUUCUAUUGGGCCGGCGUGCAGACGUGCCGGAACAUCUUCAGCGUCGACAGUGGAUAUCGCAUGCACGACAAUCAGAUCAUCAAUCACUUUCCCAAUCACUACGAGCUGUCGCGCAAGGACUUGCUGGUGAAGAACAUCAAACGCUAUCGCAAGGAUCUCGAGCGGGACGGCAAUCCGUUGGCCGAGAAAACCGAAUCGAACAACUCGAGCGGCACGCGCUAUCUCUAUUUGGACUUUGUGCCCACGACUUUUGUGCUGCCCGCUGACUACAAUAUGUUCGUCGAGGAAUAUCGCAAGUUUCCCCUGAGCACUUGGAUAAUGAAGCCGUGUGGCAAAUCGCAAGGUGCUGGCAUCUUUCUCAUCAACAAGCUGAGCAAGCUCAAGAAAUGGUCGAGAGAGGCCAAAGGACCCUUCCAUCCACAAAUCGCCAAGGAAUCGUAUGUCAUCUCGCGCUAUAUAGAUAAUCCCUUGCUGAUCGGUGGCAAGAAGUUCGAUUUGCGCCUCUAUGUGCUCGUCGCCUCGUUCCGUCCGUUAAAGGCUUAUCUCUUCAAGCUGGGCUUUUGUCGCUUUUGCACCGUUAAAUACGACACGAGCGUCACGGAGCUGGACAACAUGUACGUCCACCUGACCAAUGUGAGCGUACAGAAACACGGCGGGGAGUACAACACGUUGCACGGCGGCAAAUGGUCCGUUCAGAAUUUGGCGCUCUAUUUGGAGGGCACACGCGGCAAGGAGGUGACGGAUCGUCUAUUCGGCGCCAUCUCCUGGCUGAUUGUGCAUUCGCUGCGCGCCGUGGCGCCGGUCAUGGCCAGCGACCGACACUGCUUCGAGUGCUAUGGCUACGAUAUAAUCAUCGACAACGCACUGAAGCCCUGGCUAGUGGAGGUGAAUGCCUCGCCCUCGCUCACAUCCACCACGGUCAACGAUCGCAUACUCAAAUACAAACUCAUUGAUAAUAUAUUAUCGGUGGUGCUGCCACCGGACGGUGUGCCCGAUGUGCGCUGGAAUAAGAUGCCCACUACGGAUGCCAUGGGCAACUUUGAGCUGCUCAUCGACGAGGAGCUGGCCGCUCAUGACGAAGCGCAGAAUAACAGCAACAGCUCCUCGCACGCCAAGUCCUCAAGGCUCGGCAGCCGCUGGAAGUGACGAAGGUAACCGCGAGCCGAGCUCCGUCGCUUGGUUCAAAUGUGAGUGGAGCGCAAUAGCUGCUUGUCAUUGUUUUCAUUGAGUCCGAAAAGAAGUUGGUGUUCCGUCUAAUAAA